AUGUCUAGACAGAACUUGGUGGCUUUGACAGUGACCACCCUUCUGGGUGUGGCUGUGGGGGGGUUUGUCCUCUGGAAAGGCAUCCAGCGUCGGAGGGGUAAAAGCAGUCGGGCCACCCAGCAGCAGCUGCAGGAGGGGCCAGGCAGUCGUGAGCCACCCCCUGCGAAUGAGGCCCAGCUGCCCCCCAGUGCCCCCCAGGCCGCGUGGCAGGAGCAGCUCCUCCAGGCAGAGGUGGUGACGGUGUCUCAGGAGGCCGAGUGGGAUCACGUCGAGUCCUUGCUUAGACGUGAGCUAGAAGAUCUUCCAGUGCUUGGCAUCGACUGCGAGUGGGUGAAUGUGGAGGGCAAAGCCGGUCCUCUGUCACUUCUACAGAUGGCCUCCCCUAGCGGCCUCUGUGUCUUGAUUCGCUUGCCCAAGCUGACCUGUGGAGGAAAAACACUACCAAGAACGUUACUGAACAUCUUGGCAGAUGGUGCCAUCUUCAAGGUUGGAGUGGGCUGUUUCGAAGACGCCGGCAAGCUUCUGCAGGACUAUGGCCUCGUGGUCAGGGGGUGCCUGGACCUCCGGUACCUGGCCAUGCGGCAGAGAAACAAUUUGCUCUGUAAUGGGCUUAGCCUGAAAUCGCUUGCGGAAACCAUUCUGAACUUUCCCCUUGACAAGUCCCUUCUCCUUCGCUGUAGCAACUGGGAUGCCGAGACCCUUUCAGAGGACCAGGUAACGUACGCGGCCAGGGACGCCCAGAUUUCAGUGGCUCUCUUUCUUCAUCUUCUUGGAUACCCUUUCUCUAGGAAUUCACCCAUCGCAAAAAACGGUGACCACAGUGGCUGGAGAAAAGCCUUGGAGAAAUGUCAGGAUGUGGUUGACAAACCCUUUCGAAGCAAAGGAAUUAGUGGCUUGGGAGAAGAGGUUCAAGGGGAGGCAGCCGAGUCUCAGCAGAAGACCAGAAGUAAGAAGUCUAAGGCCGAUGGAGGGGCAUCCAGCAACCACCAGGGGAGAGACCCCCGGAAGCACAGACGGAAGCCCCUGGGGGUGGGCUACUCUGCCAGGAAGUCACCACUUUAUGAUAACUGCUUCCUCCACGCCCCUGAUGGACAGCCCCUCUGCACUUGUGAUCGCAGGAAAGCUCAGUGGUACCUGGACAAAGGCAUUGGAGAGCUGGUGAGCGAAGAGCCGUUUGUGGUGAAGCUGCAGUUUGAACCUGCGGGAAGGCCAGAUUCACCAGGAGACUAUUAUCUGAUGGUUAAAGAGAACCUGUGCGUUGUAUGUGGCAAGAGGGACUCCUACAUCCGGAAGAAUGUGAUUCCACAUGAGUACCGGAAGCAUUUUCCUGUCGAGAUGAAGGACCACAACUCCCACGACGUGCUGCUGCUCUGCACCUCCUGCCAUGCCAUCUCCAACUACUAUGACAACCACCUGAAGCAGCAGCUGUCCCGGGAGUUCCAGGCACCCAUCGGCUCUGAGGAGGGCUUGCGCCUGCUGGACGACCCUGAGCGCCGUCAGGUGCGCUCUGGGGCCCGGGCCCUGCUCAACGCGGAGAGCCUGCCUGCUCCCCGCAAGGAGGAGCUGCUUGGGGCACUCAGAGAGUUUUAUGGCACAGACACGGUCACAGCUGAGAUGCUCCAAGAGGCCGCCAGCCUGGAGACCAGGAUUUCCAAUGAGAACUACGUUCCCCACGGCCUGAAGGUGGUGCAGUGCCAUGCCCGCGGCGGGCUGCGCUCCCUCAUGCGCCUGGAGAGCCGCUGGCGCCAGCACUUCCUGGACUCCAUGCAGCCCAGGCACCUGCCCCAGCAGUGGUCGGUGGACCAUAACCACCAGAAGCUGCUCCGGAAGUUUGGAGAGGACUGUCCCAUCCAGCUGUCAUGACAUCCCAGCUGGGGCAGGGAGACUGGACCCAGGCCGACGUGGCACCUCUUCCUGUUGCCUGCAUCACUAGUUGUCCGGACCAGGUGACACCACCUGGAGCAUUGCCCUGCACUGAUUCCCGGGUGCUGCUGGUGGAGCAGGGUUGCUGUUUUAAGGGCAUGUGUGAUUUGGGAUUUUAACUGGGUAGGGUCUUUUUUUCUUCCUCUCUUAUUUUGUCUUUGUGGACAAAAGAGGUCCUGGCCUUUAUUUUUACUCCCUUUCUUCUAUUUUCCCUGGGCAGAGGAAGAAUGAAGAAUUUUCCCUGAACUGACUGGUCAAUACUUCCUGAAAAGGUUUUUAAUGCAUCUCUUCCCUGUCAUUCCAUAGGUUCGUGUCUGGGAGAAGGAGUCCAGUGGAUUAGGAGAGAUUAGGAGGAGAGAAAGACUUCUUGGGGCUGGAGAAGUGAGCGAGGGCUCAGAUUCAUUUCCUCGAAUGGCCGUUUUCUGGCCUAGUGUGCCCUGUAACUCACCGGCUGGAGCCAUGCAGUCUGCCAGCCUCAGCUGAUUUUAGUCUUGAAAAUGCUCCUGCCUUUGCUCAUCCAGGGCCGAAUGGGGAAGUCCUGCCUGUGCCGCCACCCUGACCUGGGGUAGCCUUCUCUGGAAACAGGCCUUGGAGCUGGGUGGGGCGGAGGAGCACAAACCUCACCUCCCAUAGGUCGUGGAGGCCUGGCCUGGUUCCCCGCAGUGCUGUUUGCUGUUGGCUCCUUCCUCUCCUGCCCCAGGUUUCUAGCUUAGUCCUCUCUGAGGGAAAGACGACCUUUGCUCAGAAUCACUGUCAGCUCCCCUGUGUGCUGUGCUUAUCAGGUGUGCAGUGCUGGUCCCACCUAAGCACUUAGUUGGCUGCCAGGGUCACCUGGUCAGGUUGUGUCAUGAAGGCUUCUCCAUCUCCUCUGAAGCCUGGACCCCAAGAUUAACCAGACACACCCAGUGUUCAAGAGGGGAUACAACUUCAUUUUUGAGAAGGCCAGGCUGCCACUUUGAGUGUGAGACCAACUUGCUUAUGAUAAGUUUUUUUCUAAAGUAUUAGGAAAACUUUAUUUUACAAGAUUUUAACAAGCUUACAAAAGAAUUUUAUGAGCAGAAUCCAACAAGAGCUCUAUUUUAGAAUUGUGCCCAGCUAGCAAUGGUUGCUCUAACAUUGAUAAAUAAAACUUCUAAGCACAAGGCUCA